ACAAUCUGCAGUAGAGAGGUUCUUCCACUGUCUCUUUUUUCAAAAACGUAUAUGUUUAGACUUUUAGGAGGGUGGGGCUUUUAAGUCUUCCAAUAAUUAUUGUUUGGAGUGCAAGAACCUGUUUUUAAAUAUCACUUCAGGUGCAGGAGAAAAUUUCAAUGCUGUCUGAAAAAGAGGAAAUGAAAGAGCUGUUUCCUUGCAUAGAGUGCGGUAAGGAAUAUUACUCAAAGAAUGCCUUAAAGAGGCACUCUAUGGUACACAGUGGGAAAUACCAGUCAUGGUGCACAGAAUGCAGCGCUGGCUUUGUCUCCAGAUACCACCUAGAGGACCACUUGCGAAAGAUGCACGACAGCCCAAAACUUGUUUGUUUCAUAUGCAAUAAGAAGAUGGCAUCGAGGCAGGGGAUGCAGAGACACGUGAAAUCUCACCAUGGGGAUAAAGUAGAAUGCGACAUCUGUCAAAAGUCAUUUCCUGAAGGAAGGAUACGAGAGCAUAAAGUGAGGGCACACUCCAAGCAAAACCAGUGCACCGAGUGCUCGCUUUCGUUUGGCACUCCUAGUUGCUUAAGGUCUCACAUGGUUGUACACGAGGGUCAAAGUUUCAAAUGUACAGAGUGCGAUUUUUCGACCAAACACAAGUACUCACUGAAUCGUCAUAUUCGGACACACAAGGGAGUGGAUAAGCAUUUGUGCAUUAAGUGUGGAAAGAGUUUUCGCAGGAAGGACUAUCUAGUUAGUCAUGAGAAAAUUUGCAAUGGAUAUACUCCGGAACUUUGGGGGGUGGAUGAUACACAUGGAGAGAAUAAAACAGAAGUUGAUCAUGGUAAAAAUACAGUCUGUCCUGACGGUGAUGGGGUAUCACAUAAACUGACCAAAAAGGAAAAUGAGGAUUAUCAUCCAACAAGGAAGCAACCAUAUCCUGUUGAUCAUGGUGAAAAUGUAGCCUGCCCUGAUAGUGAUGAGGUAUUACAUAAUUUGAUCGUGAUCAAAAAGGAAAAUGAGGAACAUCCAGCAAGGGAGGAACCAUAUCCGGUUGCUUUGUUUAAAAAUGCCUUUGUGUAAAGUUCAGUGUAUUUAAAUGUUUUUUAGGUUAAAAUGUUUUAUAUCAUGAUGUAGCAAUUUGAAGGUAAAAGUGCUGUAUUUUGGUAUGCAAUUCCCAAUACAUAAAUAGUUAAUAUAGUAAUAACUGUGGCUUCUGGCCCAGGAACCUUUUUAGUUUGUUUUGAGAUUUUUCUGAAUGCGCACAGAGGUUUUAUACGCCCUGACUACUUGAGUACUAGUAUAUACCUUUAAAAACCCAUAUUACUGAAGAAAAAUUAUUGUCAAGCAUAAUAUUUCCUUUCAGGGGCUCCUUGAAAUCAACUAUGUUAAAAACAGAAAAAUCCGUAACAGAGCUCCCUUUUAACAUUCAA